AUGGAGUCGUCUUUUCAUACUUCAAAGAACAAGUCCAAGAUCUUCUACCACUUCUCAAAGCUGCGCAAACCGAGAUCUGCUGGAUUUCGCCCCUCCGGAGAAAACCCUAAAUUGAUUCAACAUUCCCAAAUUGAGAGCUAUGAAGAUGAAGAUGUUGGUUAUUGCGAUGAUAGUCGAGACCGUAAAGUCCAUCCCCAUCCCUUCGAAUAUGUCCACCUUGCAGGCUCUGAACAUUCGGAAGAAGCCAUUGUUUCAAAACUGUUUGAUUCGAUUUCUGCUCUCAAAUCUGCUUAUGUUCAGCUUCAGCAAGCUCACAUCCCUUAUGAGUCCCAAAAGAUUCGAGCUGCAGACCAGCUAGUAGAAUCUGAGCUACUCUCGAUUUCAGAACUGAAGAAUUCCUAUAUACAAAAGCGCAGGAACAUGACCGAAGCUUUGACAUUUCUCCAUAUGGAGAUUGAGGAACACAGAAAGCUUGAACGGGUAAAGAAAUGUGCAUUGAUGGCCAAGGAUUCUGAUAUUCAAGAUUUGAGGUCUAAGAUUAAGUCGGUGAUUGAAAGGAAUAAAGUGUUAGAAGCUUUGAUCAACAAGACACAAUUACCUGAAGUGGAACUGUUUGAAACCAACCAGGCAUGGACGCCUCAAUUGUUUUCCAAAGUUUUCAUGUUGGCAUCUAAAUCGAUACAUGAUUUUACAAAAUUAUUGAUUAACUUGAUGAAGGCGUCAAGUUGGGAUCUAGAUCUAGCUGCUAAUGCUAUCUGCAAUUCAAUCACCUACACUGAAUGA